AUGGCGCCUGCUGCAGCACAAGCCGAGGCCCCGCUGCCAGCAGCAGCAGCAGCAGCAGCAGGGGACCGGCACCUGGAGGAGGUGGAGGAGUGGCUUGCUGCAGUGCAUGCAGCCCCAGCUCAGCUGCUGCGGCAGGAAGCAGCAGCAGUAAACCAGCGGCGUUCGUUGGCUCUGUGUGUGUAUAGGCUGCGAUCUCUUGCUGCAGCAACAGCAGCAGCAGCAGCAGCAGGAGCAGCAGCAGGAGCAGCAGAAGGUGCACAAGGUGGAGCUCGUGCUGCUGUUGCUGCAGCGCAGCAGGAGGCUUACCUGCAGCAGCUACAAGAGCUUGAACGUGCUGUCUUAAUCCCUGAUGCCGAUACACAGCAGCAGCAGCAGCAGCAGCAGCAGCAGCAGCAGCAGCAGCUGAAUAUACAGCAAGUGUGGGAGCUGCUAGACGGCGAAGCAGCCCCCUGCAUCAGGAGAGCAAAAAGGAGAUUGAAAAAACUGCAGCAGCGGUGGGGCUCCCAGGGGGCCCCGAAGAAGCAGCAGCAGCAGCAGCAGCAGCAGCAGCAGCAGCAGCAGCAGGAGCUGGUGAAGCAUUUGUUGAGCCCUGAGGCUCUCGCUGCUCUGCAGCAAGAAACAAAAGAAGAGACAGAAGAUGAGGAGACAGAAGAGGGAGAGGAGACAGAUGCAGCAGACACAGACCAAGACACUGCAGCAACAGCAGCAGCAACAGCAGCAGCAGCAGCAGCAGCAGCAGAUGAUGAUGAUGAUGAUGAUGAUGAUGAUGAUGGGGGAGACGAAGACAGCGGCGAGGAUGAAGACUCUGAUGAAGACACCCCACAAGCAGCAGCAGCAGCAGCAGCAGCAGCAGCAGCAGCAGCAAGUGAUGAAGACAUCGACUCAGAUGCAGCAGAUGAUCUCCUAGCAGAGCUCGAGGACGAGGAGCAGCAGCAGCAGCAGCAGCAAGACCAGCAGCAGCAGCAGCAGCAGCAGCAGCAGCAGCAGCAGCAGCAGCAGCAGCAGCAGCAGAAAAAGAAGAAGAAGAAGCAGCAUGAGCUGGACGAUGAGUUUUUCUCUCUAGAAGCGGAAGCAGAAGAAGAAGAAGAAGGGCGCAGCAAACAGCAGCAGCAGCAGCAGCAGCAGCAGCAGCAGCAGCAGCGAGGAGCAGCAGCAGCAGCAGCAGCAGCAGAAGAAGAAGAAGCAGCAGCAGCAGCAGCAGCAGCAAGGAGACACAUCUACGGUAAACGCAAGCAGCAGCAGCAGCAGCAGCAGCAGCAGCAGCAGCAGCAGCAGCAGCAGCGGAAGCAGAAGAAGAAGAAGAAGGGCGCAGCAAACAGCAGCAGCAGCAGCAGCAGCAGCAGCAGCGAGGGAGAAGAAGAAACAGGGUUUGCUUCGGUGGGGCCCCUUGAUGCUGAGGACAGAAGGCUAGAGAGAGAGCUGCAGCGGCUGCAGCAGCAGAUGCAGCAGGAGGAGAAGCAAAGACAAGAAAUAAAAAAACAAAAGCUGCAGCAGCAGAAAGAGAAAAAACUAAAACAACAACAGACAGACAGCAGCAGCAGCAGCAGCAACAGCAGCAACAGCAGCAGUGAAGACGAGGAAUCUGCUGCUGCUGCCCGUAAAUACCCCAAGGUGCGUACAGCAGCAGAACCAGCAUCAGCAGCAGCAGCAGCAGCAGCAGCAGCAGCAGCAGCAGAGCAGCAAGGAUUAAAACUAGGCGAUGAUGAUGAUGCCGAUGAAGACACAGCAGCAGCAGCAGCAGCUGCUGCUGCUGCUGCUGGUACAGGGGGUGCUGCUGCAGCAACUGCAGCAGCAGCUAUCAGCAGCAUCAUAGAAAAAAUAGUUAAGGGGAGAAUUGAGGCUUGUCUCUUCGACGAUGUACAGCAGCAGCAGCAGCAGCAGCAGCAAGGGUGUAUUAUCUAUAACACCAAAGACAGCAGCAGAGACAACAAGAGAAGAAAGAAGAGCAGCAUGGAGACAGAAAAAAGAAAGGAGACAGAAGCAGCUGCAGCAGCGUAUAAAUGA